AUGGUGCCCAAUGAAGUCCUUCAGUACCAAGGGAUUGUCCAAUUGCUUCUGCAUUUCAGAUGGAAAUGGGUUGGGCUCAUGACUAACAAUGAUGACGACGGAGAACAUUUCUUGCAGACUAUGGAACCAAUGCUAUUUGAGAAUGGGAUGUGUUCAGCUUUCACAAACAAAUCUCCAAGUGAGAUGCGUGUAUAUAACUUUGUUGAAAUAGAUUAUAUUUUCAACAGUGUUCCAAUAUUCAGUGGCAACAAAGCCCAGGCAGUUGUUAUAUAUGGAAAAGCCUCAAACAUCAGGUGGCUGGCUGCCAUUAUGUUGGCAACAAUGUCACAUCCUUCCACAAAUCCUGAAUAUAUGGGCAAAGCAUCUUCUGGAAAGGUGUGGAUAAUGACAGCACAGAUUGAUUGCUCAUAUUUGACAUUCCAAAAGAAGUGGGGUGUAGACAUGUUCCAUGGUGCUAUUUCCUUCACACUACCUUCCAAACAGCACCCGGGUUUUGAAAAAUUUCUUCAGUCACUCCACCUUCAUUGGGCCAAAGAAGAUGGUUUUAUCCAUGAUUUCUGGGAACAAGCUUUCAACUGUUUCUUCCCGACUAUGGAUUUGGCCACAAAUGCCAAUGAAACAUGUACUGGAGAAGAAAAAACAGAAAGCCUUCCUAGAACUUUGUUUGACAUGAGCAUGACAGGUCACAGCUAUAGUAUCUAUAAUGCUGUUUAUGCUGUGGCAUGUGCCUUGCACAUCAUGUGCUCAUCUAGAUCCAACCACAAGAGAAUGAGAAAAGAAAAUAUAUGGGUACCUUCAAAUGUGAAACCCUGGCAGCUACAUUCUUUUCUUCAGAGCAUCUCAUUCAACAAUGGUGUUGGAGAUGAAAUUAAACUGAAUGAAGAUGGAGAAUUGGUAGCUGGAUUUGAUAUUACAAACAUGGUCACUUUCUUGAAUAAUUCCUACAUCCAAGUCAAAGUGGGAAAGCUGGAUGCUCGGGUUCCUGGAGGAAAGCCCUUCACCAUUGAUAAGGAGAGACUUCAGUGGCACAGGAACCUGACUCAAGUGCCUCCAUUUUCUUUAUGCAAUGAUCCAUGCUACCCUGGCUACAUGAAGAACAAGAAAGAGGGGAUGAAAUUCUGUUGCUACAGUUGUUCUCCUUGUCCAGAAGAUACGAUCUCAGACCAGGAAGACAUGGAUUACUGUUUCAGCUGUUCAGAAGAUCACUUUCCAAAUAAUGGCAGAAACAAGUGUAUUCCAAAAGUUCAACGUUUUCUAUCCUUUCAAGAUCCUUUGGGUAUUACUCUUGCUUUUUUGGCUCUCUUUUUCUCUCUGAUCACAAUUGUGGUGCUUGGAAUCUUCAUAAAAGAAUGGGACAGUCCUAUAGUCAAAGCCAACAAUAGAGGCCUCACCAUCCUUCUCCUCAUCUCCCUUCUCCUUUGCUUCCUCUGUGCUUUGUUUUUCAUCACGGAACCCAAAAAGGAAAUCUGUAUCCUGCAACAAACUAUUUUUGGCAUAAUCUUUUCAAUUGCUGUUUCUUCUCUUUUGGCCAAGACCAUGACAGUCAUUAUGGCAUUCAUGGCUUCCAACCCAAGUAGUACAUUCCGAAAAUGGGUGGGAAAAAGAUCGGCACUUUCUAUUGUCUCUUCAUGCUCCCUUGUUCAAGUGGCUAUUUGUGCUAUUUGGCUGGGAAUUUCUCCUCCAUUCCCUGAAAAGGAUAUGCACUCUGUAUCUGGUGAAAUCAUUGUCAUAUGUAAUGAAGGGCUGGACAUCAUGUUCUGCUGUGCCUUGAGUUACCUAGGUUUCCUGGCUAUUCUCAGCUUCAUUGUGGCUUUCCUAGCCAGAAAGUUACCUGACAGUUUCAAUGAAGCCAAGUUCAUCACUUUCAGCAUGCUGGUCUUUUGCAGUGUUUGGUUAUCCUUCGUUCCAGCCUACCUGAGCAGCAAGGGGAAAAAGCUGGUGGUUGUGGAGGUCUUUUCUAUUUUGUCUUCUGGUCUAGGGUUACUGGCUUGUAUCUUUGCCCCCAAAUGUUAUAUUAUUGUGUUGAGACCACAUCUAAACAAAAAGGAGAAGCUAAUAAGGAGACAACAUUAA